AUUCGUUAUAGAAUACUGUGGAGGUGUAAUGCUGCUGGUAGGUAUUAUCACUAGUGCCUUCACAUUGAAGCUUAAACGUCAUAUUUUGUUAGCAGUCAGUUUUUAACCGCGAUGGGUUUAGCUUGGUUCGGAACAUUUUAAAACAUAACAAAUUUUGAAAAAUUGUAGUAUUAUAAAAGUAUUGAAAAAUGCUCGGAAGAGAUUUAAAAGAUUAUUGCCUGAGAGGAGAGGAUUGUACGCAUCAAAAAUUCUCAUUGGCGAUUGAAAAACGGAAUUUUCGCGAGAGAAAUCGUGUAAGAGCGAUAAAUAUUGCUUUUCAAGAGCUUCGAUUGACCAUUCCAUCGAUCUCACAGCGAAAUAAACGCACAUCUAAAGUCAAAAUCCUGUUGAAAGCCAUUCAAUACAUCAAAGAAUUGGAGAUAUUACUUGAGUAAUAUCCGAAUAAGUUUAUUCAGAUUUUCCCGUACAAACAUGAAUGUCGCAUAAUAAGAUAGAUCCUCAAAUCUGGAUGGAAUUGGCCAGAGUGAAAUUUGACGACCUCGGAAAAGGUGGUUUUUAGAAAUUAUAUUUCGUCUGCAUACUUUGAAAAAAAAAAAACUAAAUGAAUCUGACUUUACUGUUAAA